GUGUGCUCUGUGGUGUGUGGGUGUGGGUGCCUCACUAGGUCAUCGCUCGCUGCACGAAAAAAUCUGGCACUAACAUCCAACUUUUGGGAUCUUCAGGCUCCAGAGUCCAGUCCAGAAUUAAUAGUUCCACGACUCCCAGACUCUCGAGGAGAAAUCUCUACCGGAAGAAUACCACUCACAUACAAAGGUCUGAGCUAAGCACAGUUCAACCGCCAAAAUGAGUGACGCUCAGGCGAACGAGGCCGAGAAGAACGUGAGUCUUAUCCUCAUCCCAGCCCUCGAAUGCCCCUCUUCUUUUCUCGUGUCGUCCGUUGCCCCGCGAUCGAGAAAUUAACGUCUAGGCCAUCGACAAACCCCAAAGACAAUGGCUGACAGCAUCGUUCAAUAGAUUGAGAUCUGGAAGGUCAAGAAGCUGAUCAAGCGUCUUGAAGCCGCCAGAGGAAAUGGAACCUCAAUGAUUUCCCUCAUUAUCCGUAAGCCGUUCUCGUGAGACAAGCCCUCCCAAAACGCGCACUAACUCGUGUGUCCUUUUAGCUCCCAAGGAUCAAGUCUCUCGAGCAGCCAAGAUGUUGGCUGAAGAAUACGGUACCGCCUCCAACAUUAAAUCUCGAGUCAACAGACAGUCUGUCUUGUCCGCCAUUACCUCGACCCAGCAGCGCCUCAAGCUGUACAACAAGGUGCCCCCGAACGGUCUGGUCGUCUAUUGUGGUGAAAUCUUGACCCAGGAAGGCAAGGAGCGAAAGGUCAACAUCGAUUUCGAGCCCUUCAAGCCCAUCAACACCUCCCUCUACCUGUGCGACAACAAGUUCCACACCGAGGCUCUGGCCGAGCUGCUCGAGUCCGACCAGAAGUUUGGCUUCAUCAUCAUGGAUGGUAACGGUGCCCUGUUUGGAACUCUUAGCGGCAACACCCGUGAGGUCGUCCACAAGUUCUCUGUCGAUCUUCCCAAGAAGCACGGUCGUGGUGGUCAGUCCGCUCUCCGUUUCGCCCGUCUGCGAGAGGAGAAGCGUCACAACUACGUCCGAAAGGUUGCCGAGUUGGCUGUCCAGAACUUCAUCACUGCCGACAAGGUCAACGUCGCUGGUCUCAUUCUUGCUGGUUCCGCCGAUUUCAAGAACGAUCUCAACGCCUCCGACAUGUUCGACGGCCGUCUUGCGACCAAGGUUAUCAAGGUUGUUGACGUUUCUUAUGGUGGUGAGAACGGUUUCAACCAGGCUAUCGAGCUGUCUUCCGAGACUCUCGGCAACGUCAAGUUCAUCCAGGAGAAGAAGCUCAUCGGAAAGUACUUUGAGGAGAUUAGCCAGGACACUGGCAAGGUUUGCUACGGCAUUGAGGACACCCUCAAGGCUCUCGAGCUCGGUGCCGUCGAGACUCUGAUCGUCUUCGAGAACCUUGAGAUCACCCGCUGGGUUCUCAAAGACAGCAACGGCAGUGAGGUCAUCCUUCACACCACCAAGCAACAGGAGCAGACCAACCGUGACAAGUUCCUCGACAAGGAGACUGGCCAAGAGAUGGAAAUUGUUUCUCAGGAAUCCUUCCUGGAAUGGAUUGCGGAACACUACAAGGACUUUGGUACCACUCUUGAGUUUGUUUCUGACCGAUCCACCGAGGGCAACCAGUUCGUCAAGGGUUUCGGUGGUAUCGGCGGUCUUCUCCGCUACAAGGUCAACUUUGAGCAGCUGGCUGACUUGAGUGACGACGAUGAGUACUACGACGAUUGACCAGCGGAUCCCCUCGUUACCAGCGAGGGAUCGACUCAAGUUCAUCCGUCCAUGUACAACAACAGUGCCAUGCGCCCCGAGGCGCAGAGGUCGACCGAUGCCGCGCCGAUGUUAAUCGCCCAGCACCGCUUGGUGGAGAGGGACAGUCUCGCGCCUCUCCAUUCUUCCCGCCAGGCAUCGCGACCCAGUCCGCUUCGCACAAUGAUGACGGCUUGAGUUAUGAUAGACGGGAAUAGAGGUACAUCUCAGACCCUCCAAUUCUUGCACCUCAGGAAAUCAGAAUGUCAGGUCUAACGGCUGGUAGGCCCAACCAUUAAAAUUGAAAGAUAGCGGUGGCACGGCGGCUAGGGGAUCGAUCUUGAGGGUCAUCAUGGGUAACGCAUCAUAUCGCGACGUCCGGCCUGAAGAUUGUUGUUAUUUGAGUAGAGUCGGCGUUAGCUGGCUGCAAGGCUUGUCCCUGAUUGGGCAUAUAUAGUCAUGAGCAGGCAUUACACGCCGGGUCAACGAAAUACUAGUCGUAUGCAUGGCCAUUGUUCUGAGUUGAAGUGAAAUAAUUUGAUGUACUCCAUAUCACCCAACUGAAAACAGAGGGGGCGGAUGAAAAGAGCCUCUCCAUCCGGGGGGGGGGGGAAUAUCCAUAAAUCAGGGGGAAAUCACAUUAUACUUUACGAUUUCAUGAAAUAAGGCUUACUAGCAUUGUAUGAUAUCGUAUUAUUGAUCACCGCGUAUUUGAACAAUAUUAGCUCCAUGCCCCAUUCCGGUGUUUCUGGUCACUGUGGGGGUCCGCGGAC